GGCGUGCUAUUUUAACACCCUUAUUUAGUUUAGCGCGGAAGUAUGCGGUUUUGGACACGGCCCAAGUAAGACCGGCGGGCUUGAACGAGGAGAGAGAGAGAGAGAGAGAGAGAGAGAGAGAGAGACGAGCAGGAUAUUACUCACGUAAACAAGUUGGCGUGUCAGACAGGACGCAGCGCGCGCUAAAGUGAUGCAGGUAGAUCGUCGCUGGACGGAGGUUUUUAAUGACUCGGUGCGCGAGGCCAUGCGCAGAGAGCAGACGCCGAAUUUCACGAAGAGCCUCUCUGCCAGUCUGUCCACCACACGAUCACAACCGCUGACGAUCAGGAACAGCCACAGCUCCAAAGGACAGUUCAGACCUUCAUCCAUGCCAUCCAUACCCAACCCGUUCCCCGAGCUGUGCAGUCCGUCACACUCCCCGGUACGAGUCGGCUCGCUGGUGGGAAGCACCGAUGAUGAAGACACGCAUGUGGUAAGGGUGUUCGGAGAGGACACACACAGUCGCUCUGUGGUGGUGUCGUCAGCGGCAACGGCGCGAGACGUGUGUCACAUCCUGGUGGAGUCGACUCACUGUACGGACGAAGAGAACUGGGCUCUCCUCGAGCAGCACCCUUCAUUAGGGCUGGAACGCUGCCUCGAGGACCAUGAAGUGGUGUCUCGGGUGCAGUCCUCCUGGCCACAAGAUGGCGACACCAAGCUGCUCUUUCGUAAAAACUACGCCAAGUACGAGUUCUUCAAAAAGCCAGCGCAUUAUUUCCCUGAGAACAUGAUUUCUGACUCCACCGACGUCAAGACUGGAAUGACGCCCUCGCAGCUUGUACAGAGCAUGUUGAAGUGCGGCUCCUGCCCGGAGAUUCAGGGCUACCUGCAUGUACGCGAACCAGGCAAGAAGUCUUGGAAGAAGCUGUACUACGUUUUGAGGCGGUCUGGACUUUACUGCUCCACCAAGGGCUCAUCUAAGGAGCCUCGACACCUUCAGUGUGUAGCUGAUCUCGAGGACAUCAGCGUGUACACAGUCGCCAACAGUCGGAAACUCUACAGCUCCCCCAAAGGACACACUUUCUGUCUGAAGACUAGCAGAGGCAGAUUUCACUCUCAGGAGCUUAAACUGUUGUGUGCAGACAGCGAGCAGAGUAAAACCUGCUGGGUUACAGCCUUCAGACUGUUUAAGUAUGGAAAGCAGCUUCAGUGUAAUUACCUGUUGGCGCAGGCGAAUCCUAACCUUCGGAUCCCCCCACGAGCUAACUCCAAGCGAGCAGACGGAGACGAGUCGAUGGUAGCCAUGGAUUUCUCAGGGAAGAGCGGAGGCCGAGUGAUCCUCAACCCGCGAGAGGCCGAGAGCGCGGAGCAGGAGGAGGGAUACAACUGGAGGAAGAGAGAGGCACUGCGCUACAGCCUACCAAACAGCAGCCAUGGGUCACGACCUCCAGCCGUGCACCAGACUCAGCCCUGGUUCCAUGGUGGCGUUUCACGCUCUGAAGCCCAACAGCUCCUGGAAGAGCAGGGUCAGGCAGAUGGGCUGUUUUUGAUUCGGGACAGUCAGCUGCACGCUCAGUGUUUUGUCUUGUCACUGUGUCAUCAGCGGAAGAUCAAGCACUACCUCCUCAUUCCUUGUGAGGAUGGCGGCAGGCAGUACUACACCAUGGACGAUGGUGAAACUCUGUUCAUCGACCUCCUGCAGCUGGUGGAGUUUCACCAGAUAAAUCGCGGCAUCCUCCCCGUGUGCCUCAAACACCCGUGCAUACGCAUCGCACUCUGAGCCCCAAACCCCCGCAACUCUCCACACACACACCAACACACACCAAAACCACAGUGUCUAAGCCAUUCCAGCUUCUCCUGGAAGUAAAUUCGACACAAACCACUGCACGUCGUUUGUGUGCAUCAUUUCCUCCCUUGCUGUUCACGUUUCAGUCACAUGGUGACGCCGGAGUUCACCGAAAGGAAUUACAUCUGAUAGAUGAAGAAUUUUGCACAAGCCUCUUAUUAUUGUUUUUUUUUUUUCUUUGCUGGUUAAUAUUUAUGACUUGUUUGUUAUGAUUGCAGGUUCAUCAGACUUGUUUGUGUUCACUUGUACACCUCAUGUUUUACGACUGUAAACUGCUGGCGGGAAUUUAAUCAGUCUUUUUCAGUUGUUUUUGUUGACGAAUAAAGUUUUCUGUAUACUCUGA